CCCCUCCCUGCACGCCUGGCCUGGGCUGGCCGCCGCCGCCCGUCCACCGUCCUCCGCCGCGCCGCCGCCAAGCCUGGGCCGUCUGCGAGGGCUUCAGAUGGCCCUCUGAUCCUCGUCUUCUUCACCUCGAUCUCCACCAUGAAGGUCAAUACCAAGGUCAAGCUGGAGCCCCCAAAGCAGGCCAUGGCGCCGUCGCGGUCCCUGCCGCGGAGCGCCAGCGAGCUCGCCGACCCGCCGUCGCCGUUCAGCUCCAACCCGGCGCACCAGCCGGUGACCGUGCCCAACACGCCCGGGCUGUCGUCGUGCUCGUCGUUCGGCCGCAUGCUGUCGUCCCCGCCCAACGACAAGCAGCAGCAGCAGCAGCAGGGCAAGCCCAAGCCGACGGCGGCGGCGGCCGCCGCCGCGUACUACGCGUCGCUGUGGUCGCCCAGGCGCCUCAUGCAGCGCGCCGCCCGCGCGUUCCGACGCAGCAGGUCGCGCGGCCGCGUCAGGACGGUCAAGGACCUCGCCGAGGAACGGGCCUCGGUGCUCGCCUCCAGCAGCUGCAAGGUCUCCGACGCGGCGGCGGGGCUGCCGCCUGCAUGUGCCGAGGUCGCCUGCGGCAACGGUGCUCGCGGCUGCGCCGUGGGCAGCGUGAAGGAUGAGCCGCAGCAGCAGCAGCAGCGCCACGACGAUUACCACCACGAGAUCGUGCCUGAGAAGAUCAUACGCGAGGACUCGCCGCCGCCUGCGCCGGUCGUUUCUGAAUGGAAGGAGACCGCCGCCGCCGCAACCACGGAAGACGAGGAGGUGGAGACCCCCAAGAAAGGAGCGGCGCCUGCACCGGAACCGGUGCCGGAGCCCGUCGUCGUCGUCGUCGCCGCCGCUGCAGCCGAGGACGACGUGGUGGCGGACAAGUUCGUGACGGUGGUGAAGGAGGCGAUCAAGAAGCACGAGGCGGACGAGAAGAAGGAGGCGAUGCGGAGGUUCCAGGGCAGCCGGGUGAAGACGGCGAUGGAGGCGCGGCCGGAGUCGGAGCAGCCGCGUCGCCGGGAGGUGGUGCGGAGCAACGACGUCAUUGAGGAGGCGCGCACCAAGCUGCUGGAGAAGCGCCAGUGCAGCAGGGUCAAGGCGCUCGUCGGCGCCUUCGAGACCGUCAUGGACACCAAGAAGGACGCCGCCGUCGUCGCCGCCGGCAAGCCGCUGCACCAGUUCCGGAAGUCGGCCUAAAACCACCAUGCAAGCUAGCCACCGCGACGGCGACGUCCGCAUGCAUCAUAUCGAUCCUCCACCACGCUUCGUGUCGAUCUUCGCCUUAAUUAUUAAUUACUAUUAUAAAAUCCUGGCCAGCCCGUCGCCGCAUGCAUGCACGGCGCUAAUUAAUCCCUAUUUACUACUAAUUAACUCCGGUUAAUUCGUGGCAAACCAUGUAUAUAGCGUCAUGGCGUUCUCCAUCUACACAGGAGGAGGGAAAAUGGGGGGAGACCGAUGUUGCCUUCUGCAGAAAUUCUUCUUAUAUAAUUAUAUAAUUCAUCGGUUUUAUUCCUCCCUA